UACAGCAAACAUGGAUUAUCUGCCGGUACAGAAAUCCCCUGUUUCUCCUCCGUCUCUACUCCAUCUGAGAUUUACAAUCUUUACGGUCCAUCAUGAUCAAAACAUGUCAUCGAACUGUCAAAUAUGAGCGUGUAUAAUAAGUCAAAACGUCAAAAUCAUGGUACUUACCACACCAGAUCUGAUCCAAAUUUGCCCAACUACCCUUCUUCUCUAACGCGAACUGAAACAAACAAAACUACAUUCGCAACUGUUUCUCUCUGCUUCCAGAUCCAAGCUCCAGGUCCAAUCCAAACGAAAACUAGUUUUUUUUAAUCAUUUAAAAAGGCAGUGAGGAAAAUAAGACAAUUUAUUAUUCCUUGAUUCCGAAAAAGAAAAGAUUCUGAUUUCUGAAACACAGAAAUUAUUAAUGCUGCAUUCAAGUUUCUCAAUUGUUUGUCGGGGAAAGCCUAUUUAUUAUUUGUUUUUGAAAAACUAAGUAAUAAAUAAUAGGGUUUCUUUUUGCUCGGAGAAACCCUAAUUUGAUUCCAGAUUUUCAAUUUUGGUUAAGCAGCAAGCAAAUUUGUUCGCAAUUUCCUUGAUGGCGACUACGGGGUUGUCAAUUUGGUUCCAUAAUAAGAUCGUCGAUCCUCUCUUACAAAUACUUAGCAGGGGUGCUGAGCCAAAGCUCUUGGCGUUCUCUGCAGCUCUGGGCAUUACCUUCGGAGUGUUUCCAAUUUGUGGAGUCACCGUGUUUCUCUGUGGAGUGGCUAUUGCAUUGCUUAGAUCCCUAUGCCAUGCUCCAAGUGUGAUGCUAGCAAAUUUUAUUGCUACUCCGAUAGAGUUGAGUUUGGUGAUACCUUUCUUGCGCUUUGGCGAAGCUAUCACAGGCGGAGAACAUUUUCCUUUGACAUCUGAUGCUUUGAAGAAAGUCUUAACUGGCCAUGCUUCAAAAGAAGUGCUGCUUAGUAUUGCCCAUGCGUUGUUGGGAUGGGUUAUUGCGGCACCUUUUCUUUUGGCAACAUUGUACAUAUUGUUUUUACCGUGUUUCAAGAUCUUGGUUCGCAAGUUCACCAGCGUUCCUUUAAGUCCAAGGAAACCACUUCAUUCUCACUCGGAAAUUAGGCUUAAGGCAUCCCCUUCAACUCCACCAAUGGCUACAAAUUUUGCAGCUGUGUCUCUCAAAUAAAUCCUUCAACUCCGACAUCCAUAAAUUUUCAAUGACAAGGUUUAUGAUUUUUCUUUUCUUUCAAAAUAAUAAUAAUAAUAAUAAUAAUAAUAACAAGUUUCCUUUUUGAUCGAAAAUCUCAAGGAGUUUUGCUAUUGAAGAAUAUGAACUAUCUUUGAUUUGGGAUUCAAAUGGGAAGAAUAUGUGAUCUCAUAUUGUA